UCUGAAAUUUUGGCUAUAAAAUCCAAGUCUUGCGAUCUCACAAAUAUCAUACCAUUCAUUGCUAGUCUUCUUCAUAGUCAAAUCCAUCUUCUUCCCAAUUCAAGUUCUACUUUGAUCAUGGCAGGAGGAGCUUCGUCGGUCCAUCCGACGCCCCUGCUCAAGGAUGAACUCGACAUCGUCAUCCCCACCAUCAGAAACCUUGAUUUCUUGGAGAUGUGGAGGCCUUUCUUCCAGCCAUACCAUUUGAUCAUCGUUCAAGAUGGAGAUCCCACCAAGACUAUCCAUGUCCCUGAAGGUUUCGAUUACGAGCUUUACAAUCGGAAUGAUAUCAAUCGUAUUCUGGGUCCUAAAGCUUCCUGCAUUUCCUUCAAGGACUCUGCUUGUCGAUGUUUUGGUUACAUGGUUUCCAAAAAGAAGUAUAUUUAUACUAUUGAUGAUGAUUGCUUUGUUGCAAAGGAUCCAUCUGGGAAGGAGAUCAAUGCUUUAUCUCAACACAUUCAGAAUCUUUUGUGCCCAUCAACACCGUUUUUCUUCAACACACUUUAUGAUCCAUACAGAUCAGGUGCAGAUUUUGUUCGUGGGUAUCCAUUCAGCCUUCGUAAUGGCGCACCCACUGCUGUUUCUCAUGGUCUCUGGCUUAAUAUCCCUGAUUAUGAUGCUCCUACUCAACUGGUCAAGCCACUUGAGAAGAACACCAGAUAUGUGGAUGCUGUCCUUACCAUUCCAAAGGGUACCCUAUUUCCCAUGUGUGGCAUGAAUUUGGCUUUCGACCGGGAGCUCAUUGGACCGGCUAUGUACUUUGGACUUAUGGGUGAUGGUCAACCCAUCGGACGUUACGAUGACAUGUGGGCUGGAUGGUGCAUCAAGGUGAUAUGUGACCACUUGGGUUUGGGAGUGAAAACUGGUCUUCCCUACAUUUGGCAUAGCAAGGCUAGCAACCCAUUUGUGAACCUUAAGAAGGAGUACAAAGGAAUAUUCUGGCAAGAAGAUCUUAUCCCCUUCUUCCAAGGUGUGAUCCUCCCUAAGGACUGUACAACUGUUCAGAAGUGUUACAUUGAGCUGUCCAAGCAGGUUAAGGAGAAGCUUAGCAGUGUUGAUCCCUACUUUGUGAAGCUGGCUGAUGCCAUGGUUACCUGGAUUGAAGCUUGGGAUGAACUCAACCCAUCUGAGGUGGUUGUGGUGGAGGGGAAAGCUGAUAAGCCUGCUAAUGGUACAGCAGCAAAGAAGUGAUUUGAGAGAGUCUUAUGAGAUUUCUCACCUUGCCAGAUAUAUUGGGAGUUUGGUUAGUGAGUGAGCUCAAUUUGAUUCUCUUGAUUUUGGAAAAGUAUUUGAACACAGAAGAAGAAGGGUUAGUGGAGAAGAACUGAUGAGUUAUUUUCGUUAUUUAUGCAUUCAAAGUUUAAGUUUUUACUUUCAUUUUCAAUGUUAUUCAAUCCUAAAGAUUUCUUCUUGGGAUUUUUAUUUAUAUUUUUAACUUACCUUGACAUGUUGAGGAUUCUAUUAUUUCUGGCAAUAGACAUUGUUAUAAUUUACUU